AUGGAAAAGAUAUCUUAUCGACCAUUGCCUGAAAAAGGCUCAAUUCGACUUUUGAUCGUUGAACCUUGCAUAGCAGCCAAUCAGCUUGUUACCUGUCGCCUUGAACACCACAACUUUGAGGAACUUCGGGAAUAUCAAGCCCUCUCUUACACCUGGGGUGACGAGAAAGAUGUUCUCCCAUUACUAAUCGACGGGACUCGGUGUCUGGCACAGAGGAACCUAGUUGAGGCUCUGACUGCACUCCAUCCUGCAAGCGUGGCCUACACCAUCUGGGUAGACGCUAUAUGCAUCAACCAGGCCGACAUACUCGAGCGAAAUAACCAGGUUUCGCAAAUGAAGGCCAUUUACUCGAGGGCAAAGUCCGUCGUUGUCUGGUUAGGGGCAGCGACCGCUUUCUCGGAUCUAGGAUUAGAGAUGGUGCAGACGAUUAGCACCAAAUUACUCGAGUCCCGUCAUGGUAGCAGGGUCAAGGUCGGCUCAACCUUGGAGCACGGUUCUGCCAAGGGAACCAUGUCUAUCGCCGAGUUUCAAAAUUACUACAAGUCCGUGUUGUCUCUGUUUAACAAUUCUGAAAACAUCCAAGGCCUUGAUGAGGCAGUUCGGUUGCUAAGUCGGCGCUGGUGGACUAGGAUAUGGACUCUCCAAGAGAGUGUUCUCUGUCAUGAAGUCACGGUCCAUUGUGGCAAGAGGGCGGUGCCUCUGUAUUGCUUCUACGAUUUGGCAUAUUUCAUCUUCUUCUCCAUGAGCUUUGGCUCCUGGCCAGGAGGCCCUGUCGAUCAACAUGUAGCAGUUCGAGAAGUAUGGCGCAUCGCCGACUUGAGAGACCAUAUCACCGAAAGAGGCCACAUCAAAUGGCUACUGGCACUGGACUCGUCAUGGAACCGAGAUGCUUCUGAUCCAAAAGACAAGGUCAUUGGAUUGUUGGGCCUGAUUGGCUCUGGGAACCAAAUAAUGCCGGAUUAUUCUUCGACAACCGCUAAAGUGUAUCAGCAGGCUUUUAUUGCUGCAGCUACCGAGGAUAAAAGUCUAUCGUUCCUUGGCUUCAUCAGUGAGGAGUAUCAUCUUAGAGAUGCUCGUCUACCCACAUGGCUACCGGAUUUACAACUUCACUCUAAACCAAACAGCGACUAUAUCGCUUCGCUCUCCAAAGCGAUAUUUAAUCGCUCCGUUUAUAACGCGAGUCUGUCUAGUUCGUGGGAUUCGUAUACCAUGAGCACAAACGAUGACGAGUCGGUUCUAGUAGUCUCAGGUGUCGAGGUUGAUACUGUCACGACAAUAGCUAGCCAGGCGCCGGGAAAGAUACUGACCGACGAUCCCAGUGUAUGGAUCAAGCUAAUGGAGGUGGUGCUACACGAGUGGCGCGGUCACAUGCCUCAAACGACGAACUACCUCAAUGCUGAUGAGUCAUCUGCCCAGGCGUUUUGGAGGUGUGUACUGGUCGAUUUGAAGCAAGGUUCUCUACAUGCGAACUUUGACCCGGGGAAGCCGAUUCGCAUGGAUGAGGGGGAUUAUUACUCUCUGUCAAAUCUAGACUCGGACGAGUCUCACCAUCAGUUGCUGUCGUACUGGGCAAGCUUUUGCAGGCUGGGCAUGCAACUCCGCCUCAUUGAGCAAUUCAAUAGGCGCUUUUUCGUUUCCGAAAAAGGCUAUAUUGGAAUGGGCCCCCCUUGGCUUGAGCAGAAUGACAAAAUCUGUAUCCUGUUGGGAGGAUCGGUGCCAUAUGUCCUACGCAGAUCCUUGAAUAAUACCUGGUCUUAUGUAGGAGAAUGUUAUGUGCAUGGUAUUAUGGAUGGUGAAGUCAUUAGGCAGACACAGAAUGGGGAGUAUAGCUACCAGGAAUUUCGGAUCAAAUGA